AAAAAAAAAAAGCCAUAAUGCUGUUCGGUGGACAGAAAACAGAAAAAAAGGCCCAUUUUCCUGCGGUCAAUCUACUUCCAUCUUGCCUAAGCGUGAAUGGGAAGCAGCCGAAGGAGAGUAGUGAUGAAUUUGAUGAUCCUAUCAUCGUCUUCUUCGUCAUCAUCGAUCCAGACCACCACCACCAGCAGCAGCAAUAAGCACUGACCCUCCCUUCAAGCUCAAUCCAGCUCCACCUCCUGUCCACUAUCAUCAGUUGAGCCACCAAACGCACGACGAGAUUAAAAGUCCGCCCUUUCUUCCCUCUCUCGAUUAAAGAUCUCUUCCACAGUUCCCCCACUUGGAUUUUUAGUAUAAUUCUAGCGCGGCCGAGAAUUCGAUUUCUGUUGUGGAUUCUGGACCACCGCCGCAACCAAAACCAAUUCCCCAAUCGAGAGCGAGCACCAAGAACUCCACUACGAGGAUUAACAAUCGGCUCCGCAAUAAUUGCCGGAGGGAGCAAAGCAAUGGCGGAGGUGGCGCUGUUCCGGGGCCCGACCAACCUCGCUUCAACCGCAAGCCGCGGCUCCCCUUCCCCCUCCUCCUCCUCUCUGAGCUAUUUAUCCGACAGCGACGUGCUCCAGAGACGCAGCAGCGCGGGAUCUGCGGAGAGAGAGGCCGGAAGAGGAUCGCCGCGGGAAGAGGAGGAGGAGCGGUGGUCGUUCUUGGCGCUGCUGCUCGAGCUGCUGCGGAAGUCGCUGCUCCGGUGCAUGGCGGACGGCGGCGGCGGUGGCAGCGGAGGCGGGAUGGAGAUAGGGCUGCCCACCGACGUGCAGCACGUGGCGCACGUCACCUUCGACAGGUUCCAUGGCUUCCUCGGCCUCCCCGUCGAGUUCGAGCCCGAGGUGCCCCGCCGCGCUCCCAGUGCCAGGCUACAAAUAGAUGUAUCCGUUGUUCUGAAUUCAGUUGUUUCGGAGGAUCCAGUGUUCGGUUCCGAAUUGAAUGUGAAUUCGUUGAAAGACGCCAUUUUUAGCCUCACCCUUUUGCAUAUAUGGUGUUGUUUGUUUCGCGCUAGUGUCUUCGGAGUUUCAACACAAUCAAUGCAGUGUUCAUAUGAUUCCAGAGGAAAUAGUGUUCCGACAAUUCUCUUGAUGAUGCAAAGACGUCUUUAUGAACAAGGCGGUCUUCAGGCAGAAGGUAUUUUUCGUAUAAAUGCGGAGAAUAGCCAGGAAGAGUUUGUGAGAGACCAGUUAAAUAGUGGAAAUGUGCCGGAUGGCAUUGACGUUCACUGUUUGGCAGGUCUAAUCAAAGCCUGGUUUAGGGAACUCCCAAGCGGGGUGCUGGAUUCUAUCCCACCUGAACAGGUGAUGCAAUGCCAAUCGGAAGAGGACUGUGCACGGGUUGCCAAAUGCCUUCCACCGACAGAAGCAGCCUUACUUGACUGGGCUGUUAAUUUGAUGGCUGAUGUCGUCCAAGAAGAACAGAUAAACAAGAUGAAUGAUCGCAAUGUUGCUAUGGUUUUCGCACCAAAUAUGACUCAGAUGGCAGAUCCUUUGACUGCACUGAUGUACGCGGUGCAAGUGAUGAAUUUCCUCAAGAUGCUAAUACAGAAGACCCUCAAGGAUAGAGAAGAGUCCAACCUCGAGGACAUAUCUUUGCCCCAAAAGGACUCGUCUGAUGAAAAUGGGCAUCAGAACCCCAGCCUCCCCCUUGAUUGUCAACCUGAGCAAGCAUCCAGGCGUCCCUCUUUCGUCAGCGAGGAGCCCGUUCUGUACAGUCCUACACACAGUCCUGAAGACAAGCCUGUAGCUUCUACUGUCCAGAAAAGUAAUGUCCCUACGAGCAUGGAGAGCUCCGCUAGUUGCUCCGAACCUGCUCCCGCUACUGCUGAUGCUUCCUUUGCUACAGCUGUGAACUCACUUCAGGGCAGAGGGAGCCGUAGCCUGAAUAGCAGGAGGGCUAGAAACGGCAAGGGGCAGAGCGGAACACGCGGCGUUACUACAGCUGAGAAAUCAAGGGGUGUGAGCAUCGUGAGCCGGAUAAAUUCCAAGGCCGAACGGAUCGAAGCAUGGAGGUAGAAACUAGAGGCCAGAGGCCAUCUCCAAUUGUUGUUGUGUAAUAGAUGACUGACCCAGUGUUCCCUUGCACAUUUGUGAAUUUUCGACGCACUUUUUUAUUCAUCUUUGGAUCAUGAUCAUGUCGUUUUGAGAUCCACCCCCCUCCCCCCUUUCCUUCACUAACUUAUGUCUUUUGCUUAUGAGUACUUUGUGGCUGUUUUAGUGAAUGAAUGAUUGAAACAAAUGGUCCUUUUGUACA